CCUAAGGAGCCCGCCCAAGGCCAGGAUUCGAUGCCUACCCAUGUCCGAGUGGCGUGCCACCUAACCCUAGACACUGGCCAUAGGCUGGUUGAACGCCUCUGCGACCCGCCCGUACCGCCCCUUUUUAUGUCCCACCCAUGGGAGCGGCCCAGAACGCCCGGGUCUCUCUGAAUUAAGUUCAAUCCAGACGAAACAGCGCAGAAAAGGCUGAGCACCCGCCCAGGGGCACGCCCACACAUAUCCGUCCAUUGGUUAGUCCUGUGCCCUCGUUAUUCCAGGCCCCAGAGCACCCCCCCCCCAGUUUGGGUGUGGCCGUGGGUGUGUAACCCGUCCUGGGUGGACCAGACUGGGCCGUGUGAUCAGGGCACGAAGCCCGUGGGUCGUGGGGCGGGUCUUACUUGUCUGAGAAGGCUGAGUUGGCUUGGGCUCGUGGUGGCCCUCAGCCCCCGCCCUACUCCCUAGUGUCUGCGUUGGUCUGGGUGGUCCUGGCCGCGCUCAGCCGUCCAAGGCGGGCCCGUCGCCUUUCAAGCUGGCAUUGGACCGGAACCCGGCUCGAAAAGUGCAUGUUGGUCACGGCUCCGUCGACUGGCCCGGCUCCACGACUGGCGGGGCCUUGUCCAUGGCUCAGACCGGCCCCCCGCCCGGGCCCCCGCCCGGUUCGUCCGCUAGUUAUACGCUCAGUGCCGCGUCCACUUGGCCCGUGACCGGGUCCGGAGUAGCCCCCGCCGCAGGCUUAACACCGGCCCGGGUCUGGCUGGGCACCGGUCCCGGCGAAGUCAGUGGCGUGGGCGGGUCGGGUCUGCUGAAUGGCGGACGCGACAUUCGCCGCUCGAGCGAGCCCUUCCGGGCCCAACAGUUGUGGGACGCCAUUCGGGCCGUCCGUCAGAAACAAAUUCCAGCCAUCACGCGCAUGGCCCGUUACAUGAAUCGCUUCUAUCAAAUCAAGAAAGAUGAAACGCAACGCUUGUUGGAUGCGGCGGUCGAGGACAACUUGAUCAAGUUGGAACGGAAAGUGGGCACCAAAGGUCAUAAGGCUGGUAUCGAAGAGAAAGCCUAUCGCCUGCCCACACCCGAUAUGUUGCCCAAAGAGCGCCAUGAUUGGUAUUGCUUUCAUUGCCAUUCGGGGGGCGAGGUGGUGUUGUGCGCGGGUUGCCAUCGCGUCUUCCACGAAGCCUGUAUCAAAAGCGAAUGGUCCCAAGUUCAAACCCUCAUCAACGACGCCUGGACCUGCAAUUUGUGCAAGAUCAUUCAGUCCCUGCCCGCCGCUUUUAAUAAGAAGGAGCGUCGCGAUCUCAAUCACCUCCUGGGUCUACUCAUUGCCAAAAUCGGAGCCAAGUUACCCUCCGAUAUCUUGGCCCGGGACGUGCCUCAAGGCUAUGCUGUGUCCAAACCCUCGUCCGGGGGUUCGAGUCUCACGCCCGAAGCGUCGCCCAAUCCCAGCCAUAGCCGAUCCGUGGCCUUAGUUGAAUCGCCCAAUGGAGCGGAAUUCACUCGGCAGAUGUCGGGCUCCGAUGAAUCUUGGCGCAUCAAUUUCUUGCUGAAAGAAGCCAUCUCCAUUGCCGAAAUUCAACAAAAGUGCACGGCCAACCAUUAUCGGCUACCCGAUGAAUUUCGGGCUGAUGUGCAGUUACUGGUCCAUAAUGCCGUCAUUUUUCAUGGGGGACAUAGUGUCAUGGCCAAUCUCACCCGGCAAGUGCUACGAGAGUGUAUUUCGGAUAUCAAUGAGUUGUCACUUUGUCGGGAUUGCUAUCGUUAUGCCAAUGAAAACCGUGAUAAAUAUUGGUUUUGUAAGCCGUGUCGACCCUUACACACGUUGGUGUACGCCAAACAAAGAGGGUUUCCAUAUUGGCCAGCGAAAGUCAUCAAAACCACCGACGAGAUAGUAGAAGUCAGAUUUUUUGGAGGCUACCAUCAAAAGGCCACCAUCGAAAGUGGAAACAUCAAACCCAUUUCCAGCAGCAUAGUAUCUCUCCAGGUCAAACGUACGUCGUUGUGGAAUAAGGCCUCCGAGGAGUUAAAAAAGCAUGAGUCCUUGAUAGAAAAGGCCAAGAAAAGACCCGACUUUCUUCAAGACCCGUUUGGAAAUCCCUUUAAACUGGAGGCCGAGGAUAUCAGUGAGGAUGAGGCAAACGAGUCCUCUGAAGAAGAAGAAGGAGACCAAGGGGAGCCACCCAAAGCCUUAAAAUUGUCCCGAGACGAAGUCAAUGGAAGCAAGGAAAAGAAGGAGCUCUCGGACGACUUGGUGUCUUCAUCAUCAUAUCAAGAAACUCAAUUUAUCAGUGUCGGCGUUCAAACCUCCGGAGGCAAACACGGAAAACUUCCUGCCGGGUUAACUUCGUCGGAUGGCUCCCCGUCACAGUUAGGUCUUGGAGUGAUAACAGAAAAGGAGCUCAAAGACAUCGUCAAGAAGAUGCGCGCUGAAUUUGAUCAGGAAAAGAAACGCGCCGUGAAUGUGGCGACUAGAAGUCUGGAACGAGAUCUGGAGCGCUUGAAAGCUGAUCAUGCCACAGAGUUAGAGGAGCUCGCGGAAAUGAAUAAGGAGAAGAUAUCUGAAAGUAAACGAAAACAAUGGUGUUUUCAUUGCGAGGCCGAAGCUAUUUACUGGUGUUGUUGGAACACUGCCUAUUGCUCAAUCGAAUGUCAACAGGAUCAUUGGCAUAAAGAGCACAAACGAAAUUGUCGCCGAAAACGAUAAACCCCACCUAAGUCCUUUACAACACAGUUGUUUACUAAAUUCAAUCAAUUCUCUAGGGGGAAUGAAUGACCCUAAUGCAACAAUUACUUUAUAUACCGUGAAUUAAGGAUGUCACAAUAAACGGAGAGAUGGUUGGUA